AUGCUGACCAGACAACAGGGCUCUAUCUACCUAAUCGGCCAUUCGAUCUAUGCUAUAUACUUUCAUCCUUUGAGCCGAUAUCCAGGACCCAAAAUUGCUGCUAUAUCUCCGAUUGCUCUUCUUGUUUGGGAGAUUCGUGGGAGAGUGCACUCAAAAGUCAAAGAUCUUCAUGACAGAUAUGGCGACGUGGUCCGCAUUGGUCCCAAUGCACUCGUCUACCGCACUCCACAGGCCUGGAAGGAGAUAUACGGACACAGAACGAAAAAGGGCCAAAGAACAUUUCGAAAGGAUCCUUCCCUCUAUGUCCCGACACCUAAUGGCGUGAACGCAAUAAUCACAGCGGCAGAGUCUGAUCAUAUUCGCAUGCGGCGGCUCCUCGCCCAUGCAUUCUCGGACAGAGCCUUACGGGAGCAGGAACCGCUACUGCACUUCUAUGCCGAUCUUCUCGUCCAAAAGCUGCGCGAGAAUCUCGAUCAUUCGCACUCGGAGGUCGUCGAUAUCGCCAGGUGGUACAACUACACCACGUUUGAUCUCAUUGGUGACCUCGCCUUUGGCGAGCCGUUUCACUGCCUGAAAGAUAGUAAGUAUCACUGGUGGGUAUCCAUCAUGCUCGACGCAGUCAAGCUCAGCGUCUACCUCAAGGUUCUUUGGUUCUUCCCCAUCCUGAGCCCCUUGACGAAACUGCUGGUUCCGAGUUACCUGCACCAGCGACGAGAGGCAAGUUUCCAGUUGACCGUGGAGAAAGUCAGCCGUCGGUUGCACAGACAGACAAACCGCCCAGAUUUCAUCUCGUAUAUUCUCAGGCAUAAAGACGACGAGAACCGCAUGUCGCGGCAAGAAAUCGACGCUAACGCUGCGACUUUAGUUCUGGCCGGCAGUGAGACCACAGCUGCAUUGCUGUCCGGGUGUACCUUCCAUCUUCUGAAGAACCCGCAUAUCUACCGGCGACUGGUGACUGAAAUCCGUAGCAGAUUUCAGCAUCCAUCGGAGAUUCGGUUAUCGUCUAUUGCCACGCUUUCUUACCUCAAUGCCGUCCUGGAGGAAAGCCUGAGGAUCUAUCCUCCAAUUCCUGCAAUGUUACCGCGGCUUGUUCCCGAGGAGGGAGCGAUGAUAAAUGGAGAAUACGUCCCUGCUGGGACAUCGGUCUCGAUGUCUCUCUGGUCAACCUUCCACUCAAGCGCCAACUUCCACAACCCGGAUUCCUUCGUUCCUGAACGUUGGCUCGCGAGUCCUGAGGAAGAAACAAAUAGAUGCUUCACUAUGGACAAGAAAGAAGCCUUUCAGCCCUUCUCAUACGGACCUCGCAAUUGUCUUGGCCAACACCUAGCCAAUGCGGAAAUGCGGCUCAUCCUUGCCAAGGUCUUCUGGCAUUUAGACAUGGAACUAUGCCCUGAAAGCGAGAAUUGGACAGAUCAGGAAUCGUACAACUUGUGGAGUAGGCCUCCGCUGAAGGUGAUGAUCUCUCGCGCCGAUGGCCGGUAUGAAGAAGACAGCAUGGUAUAG